UUGGUCUAUCGAUGCUUUGCCAGCUCUACCCAGAACGCAAAGUACAACAAAUUCUGUCUCUCUGUGACGUGAAAAGUGCAUAAAAUAAAUACUUUUCCAUCUAGUUUAAGUAAAAUUUAUUGCAAAACAAAACAUGUCAUUUGCGGAAAAAAUCACGGGGCUGUUGGCGCGUCCAAAUCAACAGGAUCCCGUGGGCGGACCGGAGCAGCCUUGGUAUCUCAAAUAUGGCAGUCGAUUGCUGGGCAUUGUGGCCGCCUUUUUUGCCAUUCUUUUUGGGCUCUGGAAUGUGCUCUCAAUUAUCACACUCAGUGUCUCCUGCCUGGUGGCGGGCAUUAUCCAGAUGAUAGCUGGCUUUAUAGUCAUGGUUCUGGAGGCGCCCUGCUGCUUUGUGUGCAUCGAGCAGGUGAACGGCAUUGCGGAUAAGGUGGAUGCCAAGCCCAUGUACUUCCGGGCCGGGCUAUACUGCGCCUUGGCCGUUCCGCCAAUCUUCAUGUGCUUCGGUCUGGCCAGCUUAUUCGGCAGUGGCCUCAUCUUUGCAACCGGCGCCGUUUACGCCAUGAUGGCGUUAGGCAAGAAAGCUUCGCGCGAGGACAUGGCCGCUGCCGCCACAUCGCCCACACAGAUGGCCGGCGGUCAGGUGGGAGGUCAAAUGCAAAUGGGCGGCGAUCAGCAUAUCACACUCAUGGAAGAUCCCGAUGUCUGGCGUCCCACAUAAAUGCCUAAUUGCGAUAUUAGUAACUGCCAAACCACACUCUACGACACUCCAAAAGACAUACCAGCCACACACACACACCCACAGCCACAGCCACACCUACACCCAUACAGUCCAGUCCAUUCCACUAGAAGCGCAGAAAACGCUACAAGAAAUUGAUUGGGAAGCAGAUCAUAGCGGAUAUCAUAGCGGAGCAAGAGCAGCGUUACCCCACCAAAAUACAAAAGAAAUGAAACGAAAUUCUCAUAUGUAAUUGUUGUUGAAACAAACGUUUGUUAAUAACCAAAGUGUUUUUUGGGGCAAAUGCAUUUUCGUCAUUUUGGCCCCAUUGUCUUUGUCCCCUUUGUGCAUGUAAUUCGUAUUCCAUUUUUAAAUGUCUUUCGUCGAACGGUUGGUGUUGUUAAAAACUACAGUUAAAUAUAUUAUACAUAUAGUACAUAGAGAAAAUACUGAAGGGAAUACAUUGAUACUUACAUAUUAUGUCGAAACUGCAGCAAGCAUAUAUUUUUAGUGAGAAACUAUAUUGAAUGCAAACAAAAGAAAUACUUAUUUAAAAAACAGAAACCACAAGCUUCCACACACACACACACAGCUUAAACACAAACAAACACACACACACACAAGAAGAAAACAAAUAUAAAUAAUACUAUAAAAAGUGAGAAUCAAGAAAGAACAACCUAUAGAGCAAUAUGUACAACUCAGAAAAAGUAUUAACUCGAGAUAUGAUAUGCUUUGCUUGAAUGUAAAACCGGAAAUACAAAAUGUUAACGUUAUUUGAGAAUUGAUUUUGCUCACAAGAUAGUCCGCGAAUUGAAAUUGAAAUUGAUCAUAAUCAAGCAUUAGACAUAUAAAAAUAUACAAUUUCUAUAUAAUAUAUAUAGUGUACACAAGUUGGGGAUACAUACAUACAUAUGACGUUUGUGUUUUUUAAAUGUUGUAAAUUCAUUCAUUUUGCAUUUUAGAGUUCAGGUCGUCUGUUCUUUUUUUCGAGCUUCGUAUAAUUUCUCAUGAGCUAGAAAUAUAUGUUUUUUGUAUAUUAUUAUUAUUUUUAUAUACAACCAAAAUUUCGAACUUUUCAAGUCUGAUAGAAAGGUAUUAUUUUUUUGUGGGUAUAGCCCUGUGGGCACAAUUCCUUUCAAAAUGCAUUCCAAAAUUUUUACAUUAAACUUUAUAUUUAUUUAAUCAUAACUUUUUAGCGCUUUAAGUAUGAAAAACAUUUAAGAAAUACUCGCCAGAACUUGUUAAUAAUAGAGCCUUCGCAAGCAAACAGAAAUCUCACCUGAACUAAUUAUAAAAGUUGAAUAAAUUAAAUAAAUUUGUUGAAAAUAUGUUAAAUCGAUGAACGGCAACACUAAAAAUGAAAUAUGUAAUGUAAAUGUUUUUUUUUUUUGGGCCC